AUGAGUGGCGAGAGCUUUCCAGCUGAUCUCGUUCUCUUGUCCACAAGGUUUGCAUCUGUGUGUGUGUGUGUCUGUGUCUGUGUGUUUGUUUGUAUUUUUGUGUGUGUGUCUGUGUGUUUGUUUGUAUGUGUGUAUGUAUGCUUGUUGUUGUUAUUAUUAUUUUUAAUAUUAUUAUUUUUAAUAUUAAUAUUUUUUUUUCGAAGCGAACCAAAUGGUAUAUGCUACAUUGAGACGGCUAAUCUUGAUGGCGAAACCAAUUUGAAAAUUCGGCAGUCCAUGUCGAUUACGAACAAGCUACAAACGGACGAACAGUUCCCGACGUGUCGCAUACGCAUAGAGUGCGAGCAUCCGAACAAGCUCCUGUACGAUUUUGUCGGGAACCUCAAAUUUGGAGAGGAAAAGUCCGUGUCUCUGGGACCCGAUCAAGUCCUGCUCCGAGGUGCUAUUUUGAAGAACACCAAAUGGAUUUAUGGUAGUGUGAUAGUAUACAGUGGUUACGAGACGAAGCUGAUGUUAAAUUCAUCGAAAGUGCCUCUCAAAAGAUCGACCGUCGAUAAAGUCGUUAAUAGACAGAUAUUGAUGCUGUUCUGUGUGUUGUUGAUAUUAUCGUGGGCUAGCAGCGUCGGCGCCUACUUUUAUCAGCGGAAGUUGUACAUGCAGCAUUGGUACCUGGGCUAUCAAGGUCCUCAGCCGAACAACAUCUUACUGAAUAUGCUGACCUUUAUUAUCCUCUACAACAACCUCAUUCCGAUAAGCCUGCAGGUGACUAUGGAGAUGGUGAAGUUCACCCAGGCCCUCUUCAUUGGAUGGGACAAAGAGAUGUAUUACAAAGAGACAAACACACCAGCCGCUGCUAGGACUUCCAACCUGAACGAAGAAUUAGGACAAGUUUGUUGUGAUGAUGAUGUUGUUGUAGAUGAUGAUAAUGAUGUUAAUGUUGUUGUUGAUGAUGAUGAUGAUGGUGAUGGUCAUGUUGCUGAUGAUGAUGGUGGUGAUGUUGAUGAUGAUGAUGAUGGUGAUGAAUUGAUCCUUCACCAACCUUCGAGUAGAGUUAGCCAAUUACUGGACGACUUGCUGACCAUGUGUGCUAUCUGCCACACUGUUGUCGCUGAAACUCAACCCAACAAGGAAAUUAAUUACCAGGCUGCAAGCCCUGAUGAAAGAGCUUUAGUAUUAGGAGCGAUAAAAGCUGAUUACAAAUUCAUUGGAAGAACUCCUGAUACAAUUACCGUUAAAGUGCGUAACGAACAGCGGAAAUACCAGAUAUUAAACGUCAUCGAUUUCACGAGUGACCGCAAGAGGAUGACCAUCGUCGUCGAGGAACCGAACGGAAAGAUUAGGGUCUUUGUGAAGGGAGCAGACGCCAUGAUAUUAGAGAGGCUAUCGUCAGCGUCAGGUCCAGCAGCUGCACUCCUCAACGAACACAUUUACUACUUCUCUACUCUGGGUCUUCGAACUUUAUGUUUCGCGCAUACAAUCCUUUCGAAGCAGGAUUAUAUGAGUUGGCGGGAUAAAUUUCAUGAGGCCAGUACCGCCAUCCAAUCCAGAGAGCAAAAAAUUGCUGCUGUUGCUGAACUAAUCGAGAAUAAUUUAACGUUGAUUGGGGCAACUGCUAUUGAGGACAAACUGCAAGAUGGUGUUCCUGAAUGCGUUGCAAGUCUGCUGAAAGCGAACAUCAAAGUCUGGGUACUAACUGGAGAUAAACAAGAGACUGCUAUUAACAUAGGUCGGCUUAUGAUGACGAUGAUGACGACGAUGAUGAUGAUGAUGAUGAUGAUGACGACGAUGAUGAUGAUGAUGAUGAUGAUGAUGAUGAUGAUGACGAUGAUGAUGACGACGAUGAUGAUGAUGAUGACGAUGAUGACGACAAUGAUGAUGAUGAUGACGACGACGACGACAAACACAAUGAUGACGUCACCAACCAACAGCAACGUCAUGCAAAUUGAUCUCAAAAGAUAG